GUGGAGAUGAGAGGAAAGACGCUUCUUUUACCAUCACAAACCCGGUUCAACCACUUCUAUUCUACCACAUACAAUUCACCCAUCAUCAAAUCCUAAACCUCUUCUGACGCGUUGGACUCACCGCCUUGGCCUCUGUUCGUCUCAGCAUACUGACUUCACCUCCCGCGUGUUCAAGCAGUCACUUUGCAAUCACUUGUUAUUUGCCUGGCAAAGGUCAUGAUUGUUUGGCAUGAGCUUCGAUAACCCCUCCUCCUUCGCGCACUGGCAGUCAUCCGUUGCUUCACAACCAGACAGGCAAGCCCAACCUCGACAGCAGCCUCGCGCAGUCCAAUCUCCCUGGGGACAACCUCUGUCCUCUUCCAGCUCCCGACGUGGGUUGACCCCCCUUGCGACCUCGAACUUGUCUUCGUCUUCGGCCACGGGAACGCGCAGGGACCAGGCGCUAUCUGAGUCUGACUUGUACACCUCAUCGAUCUCCCCUUCUUCGACCAACUUUCCUCCUUUACACGCCAGUCAGUCUCGCCUCGGUUCAAGGCGGGGAACACCACCUGGCUCGUCUCAUUCAAAUUCUCCCGUCAACACUCUCCAAGCUGGCGCUCACCAAGUCCAAGCAUAUUCGUCCCGCUCCGUCACAUCCCCCAGAUCAAGAACCCUCACCCCUUCUCAGUCAUUCGCCUCGGCCAGUGCGGGUCCUUUCUCGCAGUCUGGCCUUGGGGCCGGUGGAGGAGGAGUGUACAGUAGUAGGAGUGGUGCAUACUCGCCCUCUUUGACCGGGCCUGGUGUAGGUUCACCUACCGGGACAAACAUCGAACGAUCUCCUAGCAUAUCAUCCAAUCUUGGUUCAGCAACCACUGGUCCUUCGUCCCUCUCCAAAAUAUCUGCAACCCAGAUCCUUCUCCUCCUUGACACAAUCAGUGAAAGAGAAGGAAAAGCAAAGUGGGAGAACAAGGCGGAAAAGAUUAGAAAGUUGCUUGACUCGAACGGCAUGGACGUUUUCGCAUCUUACUUCAGACGGGCUGUCACGUCCAACGUGUCUGCUAUAUUUUCUGGGGCCAAGGAUUUCGAUCAAGGCAGUUACAAACUAUUGAAGCAAGAGCUCGACAAGGUUUUAUGGGACCCAGAGCAACCCUCUAAAAUCGCAGAGGCUAUAGACACUUCAAAGGAGGAUGUGUUUCGCGAUUUUGAUCUUGAGGCUUUCAUCCAACACUUCUUCUCCGACACGUUGCCUCAGGUCAUCCUUGCUAUUGCAUUUACAAAAUGUGCACGGGUUGACUUGAAAUCAAAGGCUGAGCAUUUCCUCAACGAUUUUGGUCAACACUCGCUGCGAACGCUGUCUGAUGGUCGCAACAGUACGCAGGCACUUGCUCAUGAGAAUGUGUGCUCAGUCAUCGAAUACUAUGCCCUGGCGGCUGGGACAAGAACACAACAGCAGAAAAUUGACCUUUGGACUGCGUUGUCAUCACGUUACGGCAAUGCCAAUGCAGACCAACACACCACCGUUUUAGCGUCAUCUCAACUCCUCCGAAUCAACAGCGAGGCCCGAGAAAUGGCUCGCAAUCUGCAACGCCAGGGCCCCAAGGCCUUGUCUUCGAAGCAGGCGGCUCAAGAUUUCUUAGGGUUGCUCAAUCCGACCUCGAUGACGGAAGCUGAAGUGUCUGUUGCCUUGUUAUUCCUGGUUUCUUCUGUCAACCAAUCAUUCGAUAUGAACAACUUCGUCUCUGCACUCGUAUCGAGACAACUCGAUUGGAACCUGGUUGUACAGGGAUUCGAUAUUCCGGGUUUACGAUUAAGGAGAAGUUACUUCCCCAGACUAUUCAAAGCCUUGCGAUUGAUCGCCGUUGACAAUACCGCAUUUGAUUUGCAGAAGCUAUGGGGAGGUCAAUGGCAGAACCCAGAUACUCAAUUAUCUUAUCUCGGCGGCUUUCUCGCUAGCCCUGCGACAGAAGUAGAGCCGGCAAGAAUCCCAGGUCUUCGUCAAUGUCUCUCAUUGGACAACUUCAAAAAUGCACCUGUUGAUAUGAAAAGAUCACUGGAAGCAGAACUAAAGACUCCGUACGUAUCUGCCGAUGCGUGUCAAGCGAUAUUUGAGGUUGCCCUGGGACCCAAUACUGCUCCAGAUGGCGAGGAUCGUGUGGAUAUAUUGAGCGAUGUCUAUCAGAAUCAUCCUUCCUUGUUCUUGUUAUAUCUUUCUGCAUCUGGCGCGAAACCCUGGACGCCAGAUCAAGAGAAGUUCAUCGCCGAGUGCUUUGGUUUAUUUCUCGAAAAACAGCGAGCAGAUUAUCGGGUUGUGCUCGAGACCCUGGCUGCUCAGAGCCCACCACAGUUCCUGUUCGACCUCUGCCAUCUAGUGUUCCAAGUCGACCCGCGACAUACAGAAAUGAUCUACGAUCGUGCAGAGGAAUUUGGUUGGACACAGGAAUUCCUUAAACACUGGUCAAACCCCCUGGCCCUCGACCUUGCUUGUAUCCGUGACAAGAUAGAGCCAGAGUUCGACCUUGAUCGGUACAUCUCUGAGGCUGCUGAAGGUCAUGAUAAUUUUGGUAUGAUUCUCUUCAAAUAUCUGCGUAUCAAAGCAGAUGAUGAAUUCCGGGUGCAACGUGGCGAGUCUGCUGCACAAUCGAUACCUCUGAGUUUGCGCACCGUUCACACUCUCCUCGAGAAGCUGGAAGAUCAUCUGGGCGAACGAGCUUUGAUAGAAGCAGCUCAGACCACAUGCCUCCAGACGUAUCCACGUCUGAUGAAUUAUGGAGCUGGUUUCGACGAUAUCCUGGACCGCCGCAGUCAAGAGAAAGGCAACAAACUUCCCGAGGUAAUCGACAAGCAGAUGUCAGAACUAUUCGGACGUAUGUAUCGCUCUGAGCUGUCUAUCCGCGACAUGGUAAACGAAAUGCGCAGGUUCAAGACAUCGACAGACCCUGAUCUACAAGACCUGUUCUGUUGCAUUGUUCAUGGCCUAUUCGACGAGUACGUUUGCUACAACGAAUAUCCCGAGGAUGCGUUGGAAAAGACUGCUCUACUCUUCGGAAGCAUCAUCAAGUACAAGCUAUUGCCUUCCAUACCACGGGAUUUUGGUCUCGCCUUGAUCUUGCGAGCGGUUCGUGACCAUGAUUCUGACAGUCUCAUGCAUCGAUUUGGAAUCGAGGCGCUACUCCAGAUCAGUGACCAACUAUCAGACUGGCCAGGGCUAUGCAAUCUACUCUUACAAAUACCAAAGCUGAAGCAUCCAGAAAUCUUGCAACGUGCUCAAGAAGGUCUCCAAGCACAGCAGGCGCCAGGAACCAAUGGCGUUGGAAAUGCUCCAACGAAUGGCGAACCAGCAGAUCUAGGACGUGGUUUUCGAGCACUGCACGCAGACCCACCAAAUCCCACAGCUCACUUUCUCGAUCCCGACCAAAAAGUCCAGGAGAAAAUUUUGUUCGUCAUCAACAAUCUAUCAAAGGACAACAUGUCUAGCAAAUUGGCUGAUCUGAGAGACUCUUUCAAUCCCGAGCAUUAUCAGUGGUUUGCUUCAUACCUGGUCGAACAGCGAGCGAGGCUCGAGCCCAAUAACCAAGAGAUGUAUUUCCAGUUCAUCAAUAUGGUCAAUGACAACCUCCUCACGUCCGAAGUCAUCCGCGAGACGUAUGUGAGCAUUGUUAAAUUGAUGAGUUCCGAGUCGACCAUCAACUCAACUCAGGAGAGAGGCCAUCUCAAAAAUCUUGGUGGCUGGCUAGGAUCCUUGACACUCGCCCAAAACAAACCCAUCAAGCACAAGAACAUCUAUUUCGUGGAUUUGCUCGUUGAGGGGUUCGAAACUCAACGCCUUUUGCUGGUCAUUCCCUUCACUUGUAAAGUAUUGGCUCAAGGCUCUCAAUCCUUGAUAUUUAAGCCUCCAAACCCAUGGCUUAUGGAGAUCGUUGGGGUACUGGUUGAGCUUUAUCAUUUCUCCGAGCUUAAGCUCAACUUGAAGUUUGAAAUUGAAGUGUUGUGCAAAGAUCUCAAGCUCGAUUUCAAGAAACUUGAGCCCGCGAAUGUCAUCCGCGCACGUUCACAGGCAGACGAUGAAAUUACAAAUGUCUCUGUUCUCCCCGAUGGCUUGGAGAAUUUUGAUGAGCUGUCCCUCAACAGUGGAUUGAAUCGACGUGAGCGUCUCUCGGCUGCAGAAAUCAUGGCAUCACUUCCCAGCCUUGAAGGUGUUCUGAAGUAUCCCCCAACAUCCGGCUCGCCAGCAGAUCAAGCAAUGGUCAAGAACAUUAUUUAUCGCGCUUUUGACCAAGCCAUCCAGGAGAUAAUAGCUCCUGUGGUCGAGCGAUCCAUUACAAUUGCAUCCAUCUCGACAGCACAGCUUGUUGCAAAGGACUAUGGAAUGGAGCCAGACGUGGAGAAGUAUCGUCAGGCCGCCAAGGCAAUGGUGAAAUCUUUGGCUGGCAACUUGGCCCUCGUCACAUGCAAAGAACCUUUGAGAAUGAGCAUUUCCAACUACAUUCGCCGACCAGCCCAGGACGACCUUCCCGAGCAUCUUCUCCCAGAGGGAGCAAUCUUGAUGUGCGUCAAUGAUAACCUGGACACUGCUUGUUCCUUCGUGAGGGAAGCAGCAGAGCAGCGGGCCAUGCCUGAAAUCGAGCAAGUUAUUGAACCAGAACUUGAAGAGCGUCGCCGAUUCGCUGCUGAGGGAGGAGGCAGAGAUUUCAUCCCAGCCAACACCAAUCGAUGGUCAGCUUGGAUUCCCGAACCCUACAAGCAAAGUGUCGGUGGCCUCAAUGAAGCACAACGAGCAGUCUAUGAAGAUUUUGAUCGCCGGGUGAGCGGAAUGAAUGUGAACUCCAUGCCCAAUGCGUCGUCCGAUGCUGCCAGGCAGCUACCAGAUAUAUUGCAGGAUUCGCUCGCUAUGCCAAACCUAGCGACUCCUGCUGAACAACCGGCAAUUCCUCAUCAUAGCCCACUGGUCCAGCAAGAGAGCCGUAUGCUGUCAGCCAUGCAACAGCCGCGUGUCAAUGGUUUUGCAGAAAGCCUUCCUCCACACGAACGGAUUUCUAUACUCAUUGAAGACGUGCAAAAGGCCGCGCGAGCUUCAGAAGCCUUGCGGCUCAAGGACUUGGAGAAGAACAGCUCCAUCUUCCAAGAUUUUAGACAAAUCUUGAUCGUCCUCACCUCCUCCACCCGUCCUGCUGCCGACUUACUCGCGAGACAGAUUGCAGAAAAGAUUUGCAACAUCUUUAUUUCGCAGCCUCCACAAAGCCCGCUAGAAGCAGAAGUCCUUGCUUUUCUCCUAUCGAAACUUUGCCAGCUGUCCGAGCUAAUCAUUCGGGACGUACUUAGGUGGAUGACUGCGAAUGAAGACCUGCUCCUUGCCAGCUCAAAUGUGGUUGUGGCACUUGUGACUGUUGGUCUCAUGGAGUUUGCCCGAGUCGACGUCGCCGUUGCCUCGAUCUUGAUGAGCAGGAAUACUCAUGGCUUGAAGGUUCUAUCCGACAUCCUCGACCAGACAUUGUUCGUUGACGAGCCGAUUGCACUUAGAGCUGACUUCGCGAACAGCCUCAUUGCAAUGUCAGAAUGGUUCAAAGAACAGCCGGAACUCCCGCUCGCUACGGAGAUGACCCAAAAGCUGAGGGCGCACGGAAUUCCUCAGUUUGUCAGCGUUGAUGUGUCUGACAAGGCCAAGGCCAAACAAGAUCAGAUGCGAUAUGUGUUUGAUGAGUGGGUCGGCAUGUUCGAAAACCUCGGUGUCAAUGAAGGCACAUGUGCCGCAUUCCUGAAGGAACUACACAAGGAGCAGACAAUCAAUAGCACCGAGGAUCUGACAGAGUUCUUGCGACUGUGCAUCGACUCGUGUAUCGAGUGCUACGAUCGUGAAGCACAGAGCGUGCGUGGAAGUGUUGAAGUGGCCUUCUCUCAUGCCGAUGCUCUUGCCCGUCUGAUAAUCAUGCUAGUCAAAUUCCAGGGUGACACCAACGGCGCUGUGCGCCUCAGCAAGGCGCCAUACCUUGAGACCAUUCUCACGGUCCUCGUCCUCAUACUGAAUCAUCACCAACUUAUGAGAGGCGUGGCAUUCCAUCAGCGCCUUUUCAACCGGUUGUUCGCCACUAUGCUCUACGAAUAUUCAGCUGCUCGUCUGAACACCACUCCUGAACACUCGGAGCUCAUGAUGGCCUUUGCCAAAUGUUUCAAGUCUCUGCAGCCACUCUGGUUCCCAGGUUUCAGCUAUGGAUGGUACAGCCUGGUGGUUCAUCGAGUUUUUGUUGAUGGUAUGCUUCGACCUAACAACCACGCUGGAUGGAACGCAUACCGCGAGCUCAUAGGAUUGCUGUUGCUCUACAUCUCAGAGCUCUCCAGCACCCCAGGCCUGGACUUGCUCAAUCUGGAUCUGUACAAGGGUACUCUGAGAAACGUUUUGAUCUUACUUCAUGACUAUCCAGAGUUUCUGUGCGAAAACCAUUCGUACUUCUGCUCACGAGUGUCAUAUCAGAUCCCUCAAUUGAGAAACCUCAUCCUGACGGCGAAACCCUCAGCAUAUCAUGAUCUGCCAGACCCGAUGACUCCAGGCCUCAAGAUUGAACGUCUUGACGAAAUCAAGCGGAGUCCCGUGCUCGCUUCUGACUUUGAUGCACCACUUCAACAGGAUGGAAUCAAGGCAACAAUCUUUGAUAUUCUCAGCAAGACAGUCGACAUGGAAACUGGUCUCAAACAAAUCAAGUCUUCUUUGCAAGAUCCCGAGCGCAGAACCUCGAUCAUGGCUCCUCCCAAGGCUGUGGAGAUCAUCAAUGCUCUUGUACCUUUGGUCGGACAGGAUGCCCUUACGAAUGCGCAAGCCAGAUUUGACCCGAACUCGACCCACGUCACCCUUUUGACCAAAUUCACUCUGUCUCUGGGCUUCGAAGGUCGUUAUCAAAUUUUGAAUGCGAUCGCGGACCAGAUUCGCUACCCUAGCACACAUACAGACUUCUUCUGCAAGUUGAUGCUCAAUCUUUGGGGUUCCAGCAACAGUGACGCCCAGCAAGGCGAAAUCCGGGAACAAAUCUCACGUGUCGUUUAUGAACGACUUGCCGUUGCUCGUCCACAUGUUUGGGGCAUGACCAUCUUGUUCUUGGAAUUGCAAAACAACCUGACAUAUGGCUUCUGGGAUACUGUGGCCCCCGAUUCUAAUAUGCAACAACGUUUGCAGCAAGCCAUGCGGACCAUUCACUAAACGCCAUCUGUUCAUGGACCUGGUGAAAGACUUACGCCAACACUACAGAUCUAUGAAAGGCAAUGACUGCGGUACCAUUGCCAUUAUGUAUAUGUGACGAAGCUGGAAGUAGGGGAGAAGGAGAAAAAAGUGAUUGCGGAGCUUGGGACUGCGAUUGGGAUUGAACAAUUCCUUUCUUGUACACAUUUCCUCCACGGGGUUUACAUGUGAAAUGCCGAAAGCCAGAUGGGGGCAUUUUGGUGUUCUUCACUGUGUGAAUGCAUAUGACGGAGCGAUGAUAACUCUCGGUUCGGAGCAAGGAGACACGGGGCCAUGCAUGCAUUUUUGUAGUGUUGGCUGGGACACGGAGGAAGCACGAACCAGGGCGUUAAUAUAUAGCAUGAGCGACGAUUGGAGUUUCAAGAGGGAAAAAGUGCGGAUCUUUAUUGAUUAAUUCUCAAGAGCAGAGGGGAAAAGGUUCUUCAUCAAUCACCAAGGAAGACAAAGGUCUGAUAUAUAGAUGGAUCUGAGGCCCUUGGUUGAACCCUAUGGUUGAGUUGAACCUACCAACCCCUCACUCUUAUUGUAAAUGAUGAGCCUGUUUUGUGUACCAUAGAUGGCUUUUGAAUGAUAUUAGAGCAUUAGUUUAUGA